CGAGCGCAUUCACAUCCUUGAGCUGUGCCAGCCAGCUUUGCUCCUCGCCAUUGCAUUGCAAGCUUUCAACCCCGAAAGGGUCCUGUUCCAUUGCUCGUCACUCCAGAGUUCAGAGACCAUGGGCGGCAUGCUGUUGCCUGCUGCUUCUGCGCCUCCCCUGUCGCGGGUGGCGACCUCCAGCGCCCACGGCGAGGACUCCCCCUACUUCGCCGGGUGGAGAGCCUACGACGACGACCCCUACGACGCCGUCACCAACCCCGGCGGCGUCAUCCAGAUGGGCCUCGCGGAGAACCAGGUCUCCUUCGACCUCCUGGAGGGGUUCCUGAGGGAGCACCCGGAGGCCGCUGGGUGGGGCGGCGCCCGCCCCGGCUCCGGCGUCGCCAGCUUCCGGGACAACGCCCUGUUCCAGGACUACCACGGCCUCAAAACCUUCCGCAAGGCGAUGGCGAGUUUCAUGGAGAAGAUAAGGGGCGGCAAGGUGAGGUUUGACCCUGACCGCAUCGUGCUCACCGCCGGCGCGACCGCGGCCAACGAGCUGCUCACGUUCAUCCUCGCCAACCCGGGAGACGCGCUGCUGAUCCCUACGCCGUACUACCCGGGUUUUGAUCGGGACCUGCGGUGGAGGACGGGGGUGAACAUCGUGCCCGUGCACUGCCACAGCUCCAACGGGUUCCAGGUCACGGUCGCCGCGCUCGAGGCGGCGUACGAGGAGGCCGCGGCGGCGGGGAUGACCGUCCGCGGCGUCCUUCUCACGAACCCGUCCAACCCGCUCGGCACCACGGUGGAGCGGUCGGUGCUGGAGGACGUGCUCGACUUCGUGGUGCGCAAGAACAUCCACCUCAUCUCCGACGAGAUAUACUCCGGCUCCGUGUUCGCCGCGCCGGACCUCGUCAGCGUGGCGGAGCUCGUCGAGGCGCGCGGCGGCGGCGGCGACGUCGCCGGGCGCGUGCACAUCGUGUACAGCCUGUCCAAGGACCUGGGGCUCCCGGGGUUCCGCGUCGGCGUGGUCUACUCGUACAACGACGCGGUGGUCACGGCCGCGCGGCGCAUGUCCAGCUUCACGCUCGUGUCGUCGCAGACGCAGAAGACGCUCGCCGCCAUGCUCUCCGACGCCGCGUUCGCGCAGGAGUACAUCCGCACCAACCGCGAGCGCCUCAGGGCGCGGCACGACCACAUGGUGGCCGGGCUUGCGCGCUCCGGGGUGCCGUGCCUGCGCAGCAAUGCCGGGCUGUUCGUGUGGAUGGACAUGCGGCGGCUGCUCGGCGACGGCGGCGAGGCCACGGUCGCCGACGAGCUGAGGCUGUGGGACCUGAUGCUGCACGAGGUGAAGCUCAACAUCUCGCCGGGGUCGUCGUGCCAUUGCUCGGAGCCCGGAUGGUUCAGGGUGUGCUUCGCCAACAUGAGCUUGGACACGCUGGACGUUGCACUGGCGAGGAUGAGCCGCUUCAUGGACAGGUGGAACAAGGCGACAACGCUGCUGCAAGAACAACACUACUAGACCAAUUCUUCAAACAAACAAAAAAAGAUACAUUAGACAAAGUAAAAGUAAAUUUUUGUGGCAAAUCCAUUGCCAUUGUAAUCAAUUGAGGAAGUGCGUAAUCGAUCCUGGUGACACAUCAAUUUUGUA